GCUGCGCAAUAGUUAGUUGUGAUAGCCAACAUGGCGCAAAUAGAUCCGUCUCGGUUGCUCGCAUUCGCCACGUGGCUCGUGUUGGUUGGAUCGGUCUCGGUGGUGGUGGCCUCCACCGGGCAGCAGUGUGCGUGCGGAAUUCGGCAAUCGACGAAUCAGUCGGUGGUGGCGGGUGAGCUGAUAGAACCGGGCGAGUGGCCCUGGCAUGUGGGGAUCUACUGGUGGAGGGGAUCAAAGCUUAAUCCUCCGGACAGGGUUUGCGAGGGGGCACUGCUGGAUCCGGAUGGUUUGGUGCUGACGGCGGCUAGCUGCUUGAAGGACGCCAACGGCGAGCUGCUGCGGAUGGGAGGAAUGGUCGGACACGUUGGACUGGUGGCACUACAACAGAAAACCAAGGGAUCGAGGAAGUUCCAAGUGGAGAAUGUGACGUUCAACGAUGAGUUGGAUUUGGCCCUGGUGCUGCUGAAGGUGGAAGACGAGUGGGAGGGAAUGCCCGUUUGUUUGAAUGACGAAUUGGAACGUUGGGAUGAGAUUUAUGGGAAGCCGGUUCACCUGUUGCAGCAAACCCAUCGGAGUCGGUUGGGGGGUUUCGAAAUUGUUAAAAUAGGAUUGGAGAAGGAGGUGACUUGCUAUGGAUCUACGAUGGCAGUCAAAGGACCGGCGGUAGCAGAUAGUACUAUCAAACUGAAGACUAGAGGAACGAGCUACCAGCAGUCGGCCCGGGGAACUCCUUUGUACAUUUUGAAAGCGGAAGGCUGGACUCUGCUAGGUAUCUCAGCCAAGGUUAAAUCCUCCAUACCUGAGGCGCUUUGCCAUCCGGGUGAUUAUGAGUCAUUUCUGAAUAUUAAUGUACCGGCAGUGCAUGCAUGGAUCUUCAGCGAAUUCGACGGAGAUAGCGACAGCAGCGUAGAAACAUCUACCGAAUAGAGUUCAUUCGCCUUUCCAACCCGGUGCUUUCAAUCGGAAUACAAAAAAAAAAACAAUGAAAAACUGAAUUGUACACACCAAUAAAUACACAUAAAUAGCAAAAAUGCCCAUUAUUUCCUCAA